GUCUAGAAGCUGAGAUGCUUCCCUAGACUUCCCAAGUUAAGGAAUCUCAGGCAAUUGGAAUUGAUGCUCAAUCCUGGUGUCUCUGGGCUCCUUUGUGCAUACCUGCUAAGGGCGUCUCCUUUAUUGAGGAUACUUAAAAUUGAGUUUUGGGACUUCAAGUACUCCACAAAAGAAACGAAGAUACGAAGAUCUAAACAUCUACAUAAAAGCCUCAAGGUGCUUGAAUCGAAUGGAUUUGUUGGAUGCAAAGCUGAUCUGCAGAUUGCCUCAUACAUACUCAGCAGUACUGUGUCACUUCAGGAGAUAAUCAUUGAUCCCAGCCAUCCAAAUAAAUGGGCACCUGAAGAUCCUGACAAGCAACAAUUGGCUAGAACUCGCGCCAGGCAACACCUGGAAACAAGAUUACCUUUUGGUAUACAAUUGGUGUUGACAUAACGGUUUAUGAACUUCUUGGCUUGUAUCUACUUGUCUACUGGGUCUUCAAGGAUACAGGUUUUUAUUUUAUUUUUUGGGGCACAAUCUGCUAGUAGUGAGAAAACUAAUAUUAGUUAUUACAAAUAUUAUUUAAAUCGGUGUUCAAUCUGAACUUUGAAUUUGAGAUGAAGGUUAUUUACAAUAAGGUGUGGUGUUAUUAUUAUUAUUUGGCUGGGGGAUUAUUUGA